CCAUAGACAGUUAACGCAUUCGUCUAAUACCAUAGCAUAUAUUCAGCACGAAAAUAAUGGGUAGAUUUUCGACAAUAUCAGCAUAUUUCGCAAUUAGUGUCUUAGUUUUGGUCAAACCAAAUUUUUCCUCUGCUGCCACCGUCACCACAGCCGAGGAACAAAUUAAACAACUAUGGAAAAGCUACAACAAUUUCAAGCAAACAGUAGAAACUAAAAAUAUUCAGCUUGAGAUGAAAAUUUCUCAACUUGAAUUAAAGAAUAAGCAACUGGAAGAAAAAAUUCGACAUCAAGACAUUUUGGAAGAUAAACUUACCCGAAUGGAACUUGUCCUUAGUCUUGCAGAGAAGAAAACAACUCGACAGAGUGGGAGAAAUGUUAUUUCACGUACGUGCAGAGAGGCUCGCUUAACUGAUCCAUCCCUCAGUUCGGGAAUGUACUGGAUCGAUCCCGAUGGCGAAGGAGUUGGGGAUGACCCGAUUUACGUCCACUGUGACAUGAAAUCAGGAACGACAUCGAUCCCACACAAUAGCGAGUCGUCUAUGGAUGUGGGACAUUGCGCCGAUCCCGGAUGUUAUUCCAGGGCAGUUAAUUACAAUGCCACAAGUAGACAAAUGUCAGCAUUGGCCGAACUCUCCGCCGAAUGCCACCAGUCAAUUAAAUACGAUUGUAAUUUUGCGCCGUUGGAAUUCAAUUUAAUAUCCUACUCCUGGUGGAAUGACAGAAAUGGAAAUUCCAAAUUUUUCUGGACGGGUGGCAACACGGACGUUCAUCUUUGCCAGUGUGGAUUGGAUGGAAAUUGUGUCGAUCCUUCCGUUCAAUGCAACUGCGACUCCGCCGCUCCAGUGCCAUUAGUUGACGAUGGUACGAUCACGGACAAAAAUGUUCUGCCCAUCACUCGACUGAACUUUGGCCGAACGCAAUUGGAAACUUCGUCCGGUGUCCAUACACUGGGCCGCUUCGAAUGUACCGGACAAGUGGCCGUCAGUGGAAUGCCAACUUCGUGUGAAGAUCUAUGGCGGAUGGGGCACACCUUGAGUGGAUUAUAUUCCGUUGUGGGAACUAAAAUGGUCGAAAGCGUUUACUGUGAUUUCACAAAGCUCCCUGCUGACACGGGAUUCCAGACCUGGAUCGGUUUAGCAGAUGUAAAGUCAUCAUCAACUUACUUUUAUGGCCAAAGAAGCACGGUUUUUAAUCAAACUAACACUCCGAUUCCAUUCGAUGUUGUACGAUUGAAUGAAGGAGGAGCAUUUAAUGGAGCAACUGGAAUUUUCACAGCACCCGCAAAUGGAAAAUAUUUUUUCUCGUUCGCUGGAUUAGCUUACAUUCCAGUUACUUCAUCAUCGCAUUAUUUAGGAAUAUCUUUGUAUUUAAAUAGCGGUGAAAUCGGAAAAGCGUUCAUUGAAGAGGCGGGCAACAACCCCACUAGUGAACGGGUUCCUUUAACCCUUCAAUCAACGCUAUAUUUAAAAAAAGGGGAUCAAAUCUGCCUCAAGAUUUUAUUACAGACAACUGGGACACUCCUGACCGACGACGGAAACCACUUCAGUCACUUUAAUGGUUGGCUUUUAGAGGAAGAUAUUUCUCAGUCACUAAAAACAGUUGUAUAGACCAGGAAAUACAUUUUGCGUACGUCUAUA